CCAGAGGAGGGGAGAAAAGGAGGAGGACAAAGUGGAGAGGGAGGAGAUGGAGCAAUCCCUUAUGUGAUAAUUCCAUCAACGCACAACUUUUCACCUACCAUCAGGUUCAAUGUAAUGUGUUCAGCUCCAUAUAACCUAUACAGCGUCUGUGCCCUCUCCCCCAAACUCAGCAAAAUCUUAUGGUCCACUAAUCGAGAAUUUUGCUCCUGUUGCUGCAUAUCUCGUGGUUCAUCGUUGGACCUGUGAGUUGAUACUUCUUCACCUAACGGCUCUCCGGAGCAACCGUCUAGAGGAAUCAUUAACCAAUGGCAACAGGAAUCCAAGGAUAAAGUGAUUUCCCUCCUGUUAACUCACCUGCCUUUGCUGAAGCCAGGAAACCUUGAUGCAAAAGUUGAGUAUAUGAAACUGCUGCCCCAAAUCCUGGCGCACUCCAUCGAACACAACCAGCACAUCGAGGAGAGCAGGCAGCUGCUGUCCUAUGCUUUGAUACAUCCGGCCACUUCGUUGGAAGACCGCAGUGCUUUAGCCAUGUGGCUGAACCACUUGGAGGACCGCACGUCGACCAGCUUCGGCGGCCAGAACCGAAGCCGCUCGGACUCUGUGGAUUAUGGGCAGACACACUACUAUCACCAAAGACAGAACUCCGAUGACAAGCUCAAUGGGUGGCAGAACUCUCGGGAUUCUGGGAUUUGCAUCAACGCCUCCAACUGGCAGGACAAAAGCCUGGGGUGUGAGAACGGCCAUGUGCCCCUCUACUCCUCCUCAUCUGUCCCCACCACAAUCAAUACGAUUGGAACCAGCACAAGUACAAUUCUCUCAGGCCAGGCACACCACAGCCCUUUGAAACGAUCUGUGUCCCUUACCCCACCCAUGAAUGUGCCAAACCAGCCUCUAGGACAUGGAUGGAUGUCUCAUGAGGACUUACGAGCUAGAGGACCCCAGUGCCUCCCAUCCGAUCAUGCCCCCCUGUCUCCACAAAGCAGUGUAGCCUCUUCAGGAAGUGGUGGGAGUGAACACUUAGAAGAUCAGAACACUGCUCGUAACACAUUCCAAGAAGAAGGUAGUGGUAUGAAAGAUGUUCCAGCCUGGUUAAAAAGCCUCCGCCUGCACAAAUAUGCCGCGCUUUUCUCCCAGAUGACCUAUGAGGAAAUGAUGGCCCUCACUGAGUGCCAGCUGGAGGCUCAGAAUGUUACCAAAGGUGCAAGACACAAAAUUGUCAUCAGUAUUCAGAAACUAAAAGAAAGACAAAACCUCCUGAAGUCUUUGGAAAGGGACAUCAUCGAGGGGGGCAACCUGCGCAUCCCGCUCCAGGAACUGCACCAGAUGAUCCUGACUCCCAUCAAGGCCUACAGCUCCCCCAGCACCACCCCUGAGGCUCGCCUCCGGGAGUCCCAGGCCCCCCACCCGCCCUCACUGAUGGGCCCGGAGGCCCAGAGCCCUGACUGCAAAGACAGUGCCACGGCCACCGGUGCCACAGCCACCGCCUCCGCUGGGGCCAGCGGUGGGCUCCAGCCACACCAGCUGAGUAGCUGUGAUGGGGAGCUGGCCGUCGCCCCCCUGCCGGAGGGGGAUCUCCCCGGGCAGUUCACACGUGUCAUGGGGAAAGUGUGCACACAGCUCUUGGUCUCCAGACCUGAUGAGGAAAAUAUAAGUUCCUAUUUACAGCUCAUAGACAAGUGUCUAAUUCAUGAGGCAUUUACAGAGACUCAGAAAAAAAGAUUGUUGUCAUGGAAACAGCAGGUGCAGAAGCUCUUUCGGUCUUUCCCUCGGAAAACCCUCCUAGACAUAUCAGGAUAUCGACAGCAAAGAAAUCGCGGCUUUGGGCAGUCCAACUCCCUCCCGACAGCCGGCUCUGUGGGCAGUGGUAUGGGCAGACGGAACCCACGCCAGUACCAGAUCCCCUCCCGGAACGUCCCUUCCGCCCGCCUUGGCCUCUUGGGUACCAGUGGAUUUGUCAGCUCCACCCAGCGCAACACCACAGCCAACCCCACCAUCAUGAAACAGGGGAGACAGAACCUCUGGUUUGCCAAUCCUGGGGGCAGCAACAGCAUGCCAAGCCGCACCCACAGCUCAGUCCAAAGGACCCGCUCGUUGCCUGUGCACACUUCUCCACAGAAUAUGCUGAUGUUCCAGCAGCCAGAAUUCCAGCUUCCUGUGACUGAACCUGACAUCAACAACAGGCUGGAGUCCUUGUGCCUCAGUAUGACCGAGCACGCCCUGGGAGACGGGGUUGACCGGACCUCCACAAUCUAGAAGCUGAAGAUGAGAGCGACCGCGCUGGCCGUGAAACCGACUGCUGCGGGUCCGGUGUCAACCAUCUUCAGGGUUGCACAGAAUCCUCCGAGAUGCUUUGCAGCCUUUUUUUCCCCUGGUCCCUCUCCCAUUUUGAUUUUGUGAGAGCGUAGGUCGUCCUUGUAAACAUAUCAGUAGACCGGGGAUUGGUAA